GGUGACGAUGCCGCCGUAGACAACGAAAGGGCACAUUCGUCAAAAAACGCACUCAACCUUGUCCCCUUCCCCAAGUACUCGCCUUUCUUCCCGUCCCUUCCUCGUUCCAAUCCUCAACCCUCCAUAAAACAACUAAUAAUCAAUAUUUACACCAAAAUUUUAACUCGAAACAAUUCGAUAAAAUAUGAGGAGCGGCUCAGGCGAGACGAAAUUCGUGCAAGAGCUGAUUCUGUACGCGGCGAGCGCCGCCCUCAGUUGCUUGGUGCUGUUCGUGGGGCUGAAGCAAUUGGACCCCAACCGUGACGCCGCCAAAAAAGCUCUCGCGCAGAAGAAGGAAAUCGCGAAGCGCUUGGGCAGGCCUCUAAUCCAAACCAAUUCAUAUGAGAGUUCUCUUGCUUUUAUUUGGUUGUGCUUCUGUAUUCGUUACGAGUUUCAGUCUUCCGGUAACUUUUCUGUGAUUCUCAAUUUGAGCUUAACUUUAGAAGUCUUCGGUAAGGAUGUUAUAGCCUGUGAUGUAGUCAAUCCAGAUCAUAUAGACGUGAAAUUUGAAUCCAUUGGAGGGUUGGGCGCGAUUAAACAGGCACUGUAUGAGCUAGUCAUUCUCCCACUGCAAAGACCUGAACUGUUUUCUCAUGGGAAGCUUCUUGGUCCACAAAAGGGUGUUUUACUAUAUGGACCUCCUGGCACUGGGAAGACAAUGCUUGCCAAAGCAAUCGCAAAAGAAUCAGGAGCCGUUUUCAUUAAUGUGAAAAUAUCAAACUUAAUGAGCAAAUGGUUUGGAGAUGCCCAGAAGCUAGUGGCUGCUGUGUUCACCUUGGCUUAUAAACUCCAGCCUGCUAUAAUCUUUAUUGAUGAAGUGGACAGCUUUUUGGGUCAGCGCAAAUCUACAGACCAUGAAGCACUGACUAACAUGAAGACUGAAUUUAUGGCUAUGUGGGAUGGUUUCACCACAGACCAACAUGCUCGGGUCAUGGUACUAGCCGCUACAAAUCGUCCAUCAGAACUUGACGAGGCAAUCCUUAGACGUCUUCCCCAAGCAUUCGAGAUUGGAUUGCCUAAUCGUAAGGACCGGGUUGAAAUAUUGAAGGUGGUUUUAAAGGGUGAGAAGGUUGAAGAUGACAUUAAUUAUGAGUGUAUAGCCGCCCUAUGUGAGGGUUACACUGGUUCCGAUAUUCUUGAGCUCUGCAAAAAAGCUGCAUAUUAUCCGAUUAGGGAAUUACUUGAAGAUGAGAAAGCAGGAAAACUAGCUCAGGGGCCGAGACCAAUAUCACAGUCUGAUUUGGAGAGAGUAAUAACUUCAAGCACCAAGACAAACGUGGCCGCUGGUGAAUAUGGUAGAUUAAAUGCAGGUUGGCUGAGGCAAAGGGAGUCUUCUGAUGAUUAUCAGGUACAGGCUGCUAUUGGGGAACUUUCUAAACUUGUCGUCUCUCAAAUUCUGAACCUUCAGUCUGAACCUCAAGAUCCUUAGUUUCCGGAAUCGACAUUUUCGAGUGAUUGAGAUUGCUCGUAGGUUAUAUUUUGCUAGAAAUGUUGUGAUGGGAUGGAUAUAUUAUGAUGUGAGAUCGUUUGUAGCUCACUCAGCAUCGGGAGGGUUUUUGCUUCAACUGUUUCUUAAUUUGAAAAUCAUGCUGAACAAUUUCUCCAUAAUCUACCUCUUUUCUAUAAUAUUACAAAGUUCUGUCAGACAGUGUUUAGCGAUUAAGUGGGUCAACCUGCUAUGCUACGUGAACAAAAAAUAUAUUUACAUUAUCAAAUGUCUUCCUUAUAUUUGUUGUUUUUUUAAGUACGACACUUUUGUCAGAAAAGUACGUUGGUCUACUGAAUGAAAUUGUAUAUUUGUGAGAAGGAUUGGUUCUAAAUAUGUAGUCGCAUAAUAUAGUCUCAUGUCUUCCCUUUCAUUUAUGCUUCACGGUCGGUACUAGUUUUCAUUGUAUAUUUAAACAGCGCAAUUUGAAACGAAA